UCUGUCCUCUCCUUCACUUGGCCUUUCUCUUAUCGGCCGUUAGAAAGUGAGUGAGCCCUCUAUUUAAAAGACACUUGUAUUAUCAUUAUCCUUUGCUCCACGUCUUGGACUGAUAUCCUUUGGUUUGAUAUUAUUAGGCCUGUUGACGCCUUCCUUCAUUUUUGUUGAGAAAUGGAGAAUCCCUCGUCUGAGACCACACCGGAGAAGGGGACCAUUAAUAAUCUAGCUGAUAUCUUUGUCAUCAUCGGCUACUUCAUUCUGGUCAUUGGAGUGGGCGUCUGGGUUAGUAGUACACCUAUCUGUAUAUCUGUCUACAGUUCUGUAGCCUACAUAGUUUUGAAUCAACAUAGUUUUAUGUUAUACAUGAUUCCGUGUAUAAUUUAUCAUAAUGAUGUCAUGUCAAACUGGGUAUUUGUACAGAUCAUAUAACACUUAUUGACAUGUACAAUACAGUAGGGUAGGCAUAUGUCAUGAGGUAAACUACUGCUUAGGGCUUACAUCCAGUGAAUGUCCUGUCUUCCAGUCUAUGUUUCGGACCAACCGUGGCACUGUGGGAGGCUACUUUUUGGCAGGACGGACUAUGACAUGGUGGCCAGUGAGUUCAACUUGAUCUUUAACCCCUGUGACAACUCUUUGUAUUUUAACUAACCCUUUGGGUCUCUGCUUCCACUAGUUUUGGCUUCCAUUCACCUUUCCUGUCUUGCCCAGUCCCAUUGUAUACAUUACAGCCUGAAUGUGUGUUAAAGGACAUUAUAAACUGGGUAGUUCGAGCCCUGAAUGCUGAUUGGCUGACAGCCGUGGUAUAUCAGAACGUAUACCACGGGUAUGACAAAACAUUAUUUUUUUAUCCUCUAAUUACGUUGGUAACCAGUUUAUAAUAGCAAUAAGGCACCUCGGGGGUUUGUGGUAUAUGGCCAAUAUACCACAGCUAAGGGCUGUAUCCAGGCACUCCGCGUUGCGUCGUGCGUAAGAACAGCCCUUAGCCAUGGUAUAUUGGCCAUAUACCACACCCCCUCGUGCCUUAUUGCUUAAAUACCACUCAAAAACAAUAUUUUGGUAUUUGUUUAAUUAGUCCACUGUUGAUACAGUCCCAAAAUGUUUUGCAUGUCAACAGUCAAGCUUUCAAGAUAUAGGAUUUUCAAGAAGCAAAGUGUCACUUGCCACAUCAUCUAGAUGAUGUGUUUUUCCUUUAACAGUUCUCCCCUCUCUCUCUCUCUCUAUAGGUUGGAGCAUCACUGUUUGCCAGUAAUAUUGGUAGUGGUCACUUUGUGGGCCUUGCUGGUACCGGAGCGGCCAGUGGAAUUGCUGUGGGGGGAUUUGAGUGGAAUGUAAGUAUAAUUUGCCCCCUUAAAAUAAGUUAUGACAUAUUUCGAGUACAAUACUUUGUAAUAUGUGCUGAUCAGGAAAUUGAGAUUCUUCUGACAUUGGAGCCCUCUUUCUCUACCCAGGCCUUGUUUAUCGUACUCCUAUUGGGCUGGCUGUUUGUCCCCGUCUACCUCACAGCAGGGGUAAAUUACACAAGACCAUUAUAUGCCAGCUAACAUGACAUACUGGAGAGUUUUGUGUCCAUUUGUCUGUAAUUUCUUCAUUUCCCGUUGCUUAGGUAAUUACAAUGCCUCAGUACCUGAAGAAGAGGUUUGGGGGAACCAGGAUCAGUCUGUACCUCUCUGUCAUUUCUCUGUUCCUCUACAUCUUCACCAAGAUCUCUGUGAGUCUAGGACAGGGCUCCCCAACCCUGUUCCUGGAGAGCUACCGUCCUGUAGGUUUUCGCUCCAACCUUAAUCUAGCGCACCUGAUUCUAAUUAUGAGUUGGUUAAUAAGAUGAAUCAGGUUAGUUACAACUGGAGUUGGAGCGAAAACCCACAGGAACAGGGUUGGAGAGCCCUGGUCUAGGACAAAACUAUGGGGCACUGUUUGUAACAUGCUAUAAAGUCCUUUAUCAUUACAUUUUCUUCAAUAUUGAUAGAAUCUGUGGUAUUGCUAAGACUCCUGAGUUCUGUACGUUUUAUUGAGGUAUUAACAUACCCGUGGACCAGUCUGACUGUCAUCUCUCUCUCCAGGUGGACAUGUUCUCCGGGGCUGUGUUCAUACAGCAGGCUCUAGGCUGGAACAUAUAUGUGGCUGUGAUAGCCCUGCUCUCCAUCACAGCUCUGUACACAGUCACAGGUAACAUCUGUUUGAUCAAAUUAGACACAAUUACUUGUUGUAGAAAAGGCUGUCCAUGAUUAAAGAGAGGUCAUGUUUGCAAAAGAUGACCCAUAGGCAAAAACAGGGGCUCAGGCAUUUGGUCUGUUACCCUCAACCCAAAGAGAGUGUAGGGUCAUCUAGAGGUGAAUAGAUAAUCAUUGUAUGUGUGUAUCCUAGAGCAGUGUUUCCCAACUCCAGUUCUCCCAACAGUACAUAUUAUUGUUGUGGCCCCCGACAAGCACACCUGAUUCUACUUGUCAACGAAUCAUCAAACCCUUGACAAGUUGAAUCAGGUGUUUUUGUCCAAGGCUACAACAAGAGUUUGGAAAACCCUGUCCUAGAUAACUUCAGUAGUUUGUUCAUCAACUGGGUUAUUGUUGCCUAGUCACCUUACCCCUAUACCUCUAUCACUCCAGUAUCCCUGCACAUGGAAAUAUGGUAUUGGAACUGACUUUUUAAAAAUAUUUCCUGUAUAUAGUAUACUUACUUUAUUGUAUAUUUCAUAUUCUUAUUUCUCGUGUGCUUUUUUCUAAUAAUACAUUGUUAUUGAUUAUUGCAUUGUUGGGUUUUGAGUUUGCAAGAAAGGCAUUUCACUGUAUUGACAUUAAAACUUGAAACAUAUUAAUCUGUAAUGAUCUGUUUUGCUCAAUAGGGGGCCUAGCUGCUCUGAUGUACACAGACACAGUCCAGACAUUUGUCAUCAUCGCUGGCGCCUUCUGCCUCACAGGUUUCGGUAAGUUCAGAGUCCUGUGUCCAUUGUGCCACACAUUCCAUCUUGUUGACUCCACUUGUUACUCAACGCAUGACUGAGUAACAAGAAAUAUAGACGUUUCUUUAUUGGUGCUUAAAUGACCUUUUACCUACUGUACUUUUUGUUUAUGCAUACAUGUGUAUAGAUGACGUAAUAUACAGUGCAUUCGGAAAGUAUUCACAUCCCUUUACUUUUUCCACAUUUUGUUACGUUACAGCCUUAUUCUAAAAUGGAUUAAAUAGUUUUUUUCCCUCAUCAAUCUGCACACAAUACUUCAUAAUGACAUAGCAAAAACAGGUUUUUAGAAAUGUUUGCAAAUAAAAAAUACUGAAAUAUUACAUUUACAAAAGUAUUCAGACCCUUUACUCAGUACUUUGUUGAAGCACCUUUGGCAGCGAUUACAGUUUUGUGUCUACUUGGGUAUGACGCUACAAGCUUGGCACACCUGUAUUUGGGGAGUUUCUCCCAUUCUUCUCUGCAGAUCCUCUCAAUCGCUGUCAGGUUGGAUGGGGAGCGUCGCUGCACAGCUAUUUUCAGGACUCUCCAGAGAUGUUUGAUCGGGUUCAAGUCCGGGCUCUGGCUGGGCCACUCAAGGACAUUCAGAGACUUGUCCCGAAGCCACUCCUGCGUUGUCUUGGCUGUGUGCUUAGGGUCAUUGUCCUGUUGGAAGGUGAACCUUCGCCCCAGUCUAAGGUCCUGAGCGCUCUGGAGCAGGUUUUCAUCAAGGAUCUCUCUGUACUUUGCUCUGUUCAUCUUUCCCUCGAUCCUGACUAGUCUCCCAGUCCCUGCUGCUGAAAAACAUCCCUACAGCAUGAUGCUGACACCACCAUGCUUCACCGUAGGGAUGGUGCCAGGUUUCCUCCAGACGUGAUGCUUGGCAUUCAAGCCAAAGAGUUCAAUCUUGGUUUCAUCAGACCAGAGAAUCUUGUUUCUCAUGUUCUGAGAGUCCUUUAGAUGCCCUUUUGGCAAACUCCAAGCAGGUUGUCAUGUCUGGCCACUCUACCAUAAAGGCCUGAUUGGUGGAGUGCUGCAGAGAUGGUUGUCCUUUGGGAAGGUUUUUCCAUCUCCACAGAGGAACUCUGGAACUCUGUCAGAGUGACCAUCGGGUUCUUGGUCACCUCCCUGACCAAGGCCUUUCUCCUCCGAUUGCUCAGUUUGGCCGGGCGGCCAGCUCUAGGAAGAGCUUGGUGGUUCCAAACUUCUUCCAUUUAAGAAUGAUGGAGGCCACUGUGUUCUUGGGGACCUUCAAUGCUGAAGAAAUGUUUUGGUACCCUUCCCCAGAUCUGUGCCUCGACACAAUCCUUUCUCGGAGCUCUAUGGACAAUUCCUUCGACCUCAUGGCUUGGUUUUUGCUCUGACAUGCACUAUCAACUGUGGGACCUUAUAUAGACAGGUGUGUGCCUUUCCAAAUCAUGUCCAAUCAAUUGAAUUUACCACAGGUGGACUCCUAUCAAGUUGUAGAAACAUCUCAAGGAUGAUCAAUGGAAACAGGAUGCACCUGAGCUCAAUUUCGAGUCUCAUAGCAAAGGGUCUGAAUACUUAUGUAAAUAAGGUAUUUCUGUUUUUUAUUUGUAAUACAUUUGCAAAAAUAUCUAAUAACUUGUUUUCGCUUUGUCAUUAUGGGGUAUUGUGUGUAGAUUGAUGAUGAAAAUGUUUUAUUUAAUCAAUUUUAGAAUAUGGCUGUAACGUAACAAAAUGUGGAAAAAGAGGAGGAGUCUGAAUACUUUCCGAAUGCACUGUAUAAUAACUGAUACCGAUGAUGUCAUGUAUUAUAGAUACUGUACCUGCAAAUGAAAUACUGUACCAUGUUUUUCCUAUGACUGCAUUUAGUGUCUCAAAACUCUAUUUGAGUGGUCCACAAUGUAACUUUUAAAAUGUGUAUUUUGUAUUGUCAACUAUUGUAUCAUUGUGGAGUGACACUUUAAUACAUUUGUCUAACUCAUGACUCAACUGGUCAUGUUGAAUUAGCUGCUGUGUCCAGUGGAUCUUCCUCACUCUCUCCCUCCUUCAUCCAACCUCCCACUCUCAUCCACCACCACCUUUAGUAAACCACUUCCUUGAUCCGGCCUCACUAUAGACCCACUAUAGAUCCCCCAGUCCUCUGCUCCAUAUGUGACAUUGUGUACGUGUCCCUCUUCCUUUCUCUUCCUGUCCUCAGCCUUCUUUGAGGUGGGGGGCUACAACGCUCUGCUGGAGAAGUACAGGUUAGCACUGCCCUCCAAGAACCAGUCCCUGGAGCCCCAGCGCUACAACAUAUCCCCCCAGUGCUUCACCCCCCGAGACGACGCCUUCCAGCUGCUCAGGGACCCCGUGACUGGGGACCUGCCCUGGCCGGGGGUCCUCUUUGGCAUCGCCAUCGUGGGCGGCUGGUAUUGGUGCACCGACCAGGUAAAUAAGCUCAUAGGAACACAGUGGAUGGAAUUCAUAUGUGGGUUUAUUUCAUAGUGCAUUUACUGUAGAUGACCCAUUCAAAACGGCACAUUGCUGACUGAAUCUAAUUUGUCUGCUCUGGUCAUUCUGUUGCUAUGAUGAGAGAUACUUAAAUUAGAUGGAUGUGGAGCAACAUGGAUCAGAUGGGAAGAUUGAAUCGUUGGUUGAGUUGAUCUAGUAUCUUCCCCCAUGUCUGUGUGUAUAGGUGAUCGUGCAGCGCUGCCUAGCGGCCCGCAGUCUGACCCAUGUGAAGGCGGGCUGCAUCAUGUGUGGAUACCUGAAACUGCUCCCCAUGUUCCUUAUGGUGUUCCCCGGAAUGAUCAGCCGCGUACUCUUCCCAGGUGAGUUCCCAAAUAUGCCAUCAUAGGAUUGACACAGAGUUGAGUGGAGAAUUUGAUAUUUUAGGUUCAUCAACAGGGAAACAAGCACACAGCAAAACAACUAAAUUAAAGACAGUUUGUUACACUUUCUCUUUUACCCUGAAGAUGUAUGAGUGUGUGUGUGUGUGUGUAGUGUUCCCUCUCUAUUCCUCCUGUCAUUAUGGGCUCCAUGGUUACAGAGCCUGUCUUCUCUCUGACAGAUGAGGUGGGUUGUGUGGUGCCAGAAGUGUGUCAGCAGGUGUGUGGGACGGAGGUGGGCUGCUCCAACAUUGCCUACCCCAAACUGGUGGUCUCUGUCAUGCCAAAUGGUGAGAAGUCUCUCUCCUCUGCUGAACUAGUUGCUCAGAUCUGGGUGGAACGGUUACUGUAUUAUGAUUUUUUUUACACACAAUCUACUGCGUGCAGAUGGCUACCAUGGUUUUAUCUCUCCCAUCAUCUUACCUUGGUCUUCCUCCCCCCUCCUCUCCCUCUCCCCACUCCUCUCUCCCAGGUCUGAGGGGCCUGAUGCUGGCGGUCAUGCUGGCGGCCCUGAUGAGCUCCCUGGCUUCCAUCUUCAACAGCAGCAGUACCCUGUUCACCAUGGACAUCUGGACCCGCCUCAGACCACAGGCCAGAGAGAGCGAGCUCAUGGUCGUUGGCAGGUCUGCACCUGCUUUCACUUGGUUUACAUAGAAAAACUUGGUUUAGGUAGAAAUGUUCAGCUGUCCCAGACCAUUUGCUGGAGUAGGUCAAUAUAAUGUAUGAUCCUAUAAAAUGGCUGCCUCUCACUUACUCCGUCUCUCCCUCUCAGAGUGUGGGUCCUUGUCAUCGUAGCCGUCAGUAUCUGUUGGAUCCCUGUGGUCCAGGCAGCCCAGAGCGGUCAGCUGUUUGACUACAUCCAAUCAGUGACCAGCUACCUGGCCCCGCCCAUCGCCUCAGUCUUCUUCCUGGCUGUGUUUGUGAAGAGGGUCAAUGAGCAGGUGAGGUCAGAGGGUGUGUUGUGUUCUAGUUACAUUGUUGUGAGAGGACAUAGUUGAGAGAGGACAUACGGAAAGCAUUGGCGAUGUAACCUAUGAAUGUGAGAGACAUCUGGGCCCGUAUUCACAAGGCAUCUCAAGGUAGGACUGCCGAUCUAGGAUCAGGCCCCCCUGUUCAUAUAACCUUAUUCAUUAUGAUCUAAAAUGCAAAACUGAUUCUAGAUCAGCACUCCUACUCUGAGACUCUUUGUGAAUACAGGCCCAGACAUAUACCACUGGAUGAACUUUUCCUUCUUUGUUUACUUUGGUACUAAAUUGACAUUUCUUUCAGGGGGCGUUUUGGGGCCUGAUGGGGGGCCUAGCUAUGGGGCUAUGCCGUAUGGGGCCAGAGUUUUGGUUUGGCUCAGGCAGCUGCCUGUUCCCCUCAGACUGCCCCACUCUGGUGUGUGGGGUCCAUUACCUCUACUUCGCUGUGCUCCUCUUCUUCUGCACCUCCAUCCUGGUGCUGCUUGUCAGCUACUGUUCACCAGCCAUAGAAGACAAACAUGUGAGUGCUCAUAGGCAGAAUGGACAGUGUGCCUCAGUCUGUUUUAUCAAAUGCCUGCAUCCAUUAGAUAUUAUUAAUGCAGGGGAAUCUUACCCACUAUAAUGAGAACUUACUAUAAACUCAGAGAUCAAUAAACCUAUGGUGGUAUGCAUCUCCCCAUCUAAUGCUCUGAGUGAUUUCUGAUAGAACUGAACUUCUCUUCUCCUAGCUCCACCGUCUUGUGUUCAGCCUCCGCCACUCCAAGGAAGAGAGGGAUGACCUUGAUUGGAAGCAGGAAGUGAAGGGGAGGAUCGCACGCAGGGAGGCAGAGGAGAAAAGCAGAGACAAGUCUGAGGACAGCCCAGGUAUGAGAAAAACAUACAGUACCAGUCAAGGGUUUCUCUUAAUUUUUUACUAUUUUCUACAUUGUAGAAUAAUAGUGAAGACAUCAAAACUAUGAAAUAACACAUAUGGAAUCAUGUAGUAACCAAAAGUGUUAAACAAAUCAAAAUAUAUUUUAUGAGGUUCUUCAAAGUAGCCACCCUUUACCUUGACAGCUUUGCACACUCUUGGCAUUCUCUCAACCAGCUUCAUGAGGUAGUCACCUGGAAUGCAUUUCAAUUAACAGGUGUGCCUUGUUAAAAGUUAAUUUGUGGAAUUUAUUUCCUUCUUAAUGCGUUUGAGCCAAUCAGUUGUGUUGUGACAAGGUAGAGGUGGUAUACAGAAGAUAGCCCUAUUUGGUAAAAGAACAAGUCCAUAUUAUGGCAAGAACAGCUCAAAUAAGCAAAGAGAAAUGACAGUCCAUCACUACUUUAAGACAUGAAGGUCAGUCAAUCUGGAAAAUUCAAGAACUUUGAUGGUUUUUGCACUGCACUUGAAGAAGCUAUCAAGCGCUAUGAUGAAACUGGCUCUCAUGAGGACCGCCACAGGAAAGGAAGACCCAGAGUUACCUCUGCUGCAGAGGAUAAGUUAGAGUUAACUGCACCUCAGGUUGCAGCCCAAAUAAAUGCUUCACAGAGUUCAAGUAACAGACACAUCUCAACAUCAACUGUUCAGAGGAGACUGCGUGAAUCAGGCCUUCAUGGUCAAAUUGCUGCAAAGAAACCACUACUAAAGGACACCAUUAAGAAGAAGAGACUUGCUUGGGCCAAGAAACAAGAGCAAUGGACAUUAGACCGGUGGAAAAAUGUCCAUUGGUCUGAGUCCAAAUUGGAGAUUUUUGUUCCAACCGCCGUGUCUUUGUGAGACGCAGAGUAGGUGAACGGAUGAUCUCCUGUGUGGUUCCCACCGUGAAACAUGGAGGAGGUGUGAUGGUGCUUUGCUGGUGACACUCUGUGAUUUAUUUAGAAUUCAAGGCACACUUAACCAGCAUGGCUACCACAGCAUUCUACAGCGAUACGCCAUCCCAUCUGGUUUGCGCUUAGUGGGACUAUCAUUUGUUUUUCAACAGGACAACGACCCAAAACACACCUCCAGGCUGUGUAAGGGCUAUUUGACCAAGGAGAGUGAUGGAGUGCUGCAUCACCCGACCUCAACCCAAUUGAGAUGGUUUCGGAUGAGUUGGACCGCAGAGUGAAGGAAAAGCAGCCAACAAGUGCUCAGCAUUUGUGGGAACUCCUUCAAGACUUUUGGAAAAGCAUUCCUCAUGAUGCUGGUUGAGAGAAUGCCAAGAGUGUGCAAACCGGUUAAGGCAAAGGGUGGCUACUUUGAAGAAUCUCAAAUAUAAAAUAUAUUUUGAUUUGUUUAACACUUUUUUGGUUACUACAUGAUUCCAUAUGUGUUAUUUCAUAGUGAUGUCUUCACUAUUAUUCUACAAUGUAGAAAAUAGUAAAAAUAAAGAAAAACCCUGGAAUGAGUAAGUGUGUCCAAACUUUUGACUGGUACUGUACUUGCACUUUGGUGUCACCUCCCCCCACCACUACACACACACGGCGCAGUCGAGCGGAUCAAAUCCAUGAUGCAUUGUGGGUCAAUUGUGACUGACUGAUCUACAAAUAAUGAGUAGUUAUUUAUUAUGCAAGGUGAUUUGUAGAUCAGUCAGUCUUGACUUGCCUGCAAAGUCAGCUGCAAUGUCUAACAAGCCCAUAAUCUUGUUUUGAUUUCUUUCCUUUGUUAGUGGAUGCUGAAGAACCCAAAUCUGGUAUCUGUCGUCUCCUUGGCUGGUUCUGUGGCGUCAGCGGCUCUCAGGUCCCAGAGCUCACAGAGGAGGAGGUUACUGAGGCGUCCAAAGAGCUGCCUGACAUCAGUGAGGAGCCCUUCUGGAAGCAUGUUGUUGAUGCUAAUGCCCUGGUUAUGAUGGCCGUGGCAGUCUUCCUGGGGGGUUACUAUGCAUGA